CUGCACUCGUUUAGAGUGGUCCUGCCAAUCAAAAGCUAUAUAUGGUCUCCUAGCAACAACAGUAAAUAAAUAAAAUGGCGGAAGACAAGGAAAGCGCAGAGGCCAUAGUAUCGGAGGUCCACAAGAAGAUCCGCGCUGCUUUUGAUGUGUUUGACCACGAGUUCAACAAGACAGUGGAUGUCAGGGAGAUAGGCACUAUCAUCCGCUCCCUAGGCUGCUUCCCUAACGAAGGGGAGCUACAUGACGUCAUAGCAGAGAUUGAGGAGGAGGAGCCAACAGGAUACAUCCGCUUUGAGAAGUUCCUCCCCACCAUGACCAAGGUUCUAAUGGAGCGCAAGUUCCGGCCCAUCCCAGAGGACCUGAUGCUCCAGGCCUUUGAGGUUCUAGAUAAGCAGAAAAAGGGACAUUUGGAACUGGAGGAGCUCACAAAGUACAUGACACAGGAAGGAGAGCCCUUCACCCAGGAAGAGAUGGAGGAGAUGUUGUCAGCUGCAAUGGACCCUGACAAGAACCUCAUCUUCUACAAAGACUUUGUUAGCAUGAUGACCGUGGAUGACCCCAGAUAGACUCUCAAUCACACACACACACACACACACACACACACUCACAAACAUAUACACAUUCCUGCUGGGAGUAAUGACAAAUAUAACCGUUGUCUUGCGUAAUUGUUAUAUUGUUAUAGUCUAAUACAGAAUAUAAUGUGGUAUUGUAAAUGUUUGCAGUGUCAUAAACAUUUUUGGGCUUAUCGCCAAAUAUUGUACAUCUCCCACUGUUGUGCUAGAGGCCUGGCCAACUCCAGUCUUCAGGGGCCUAAUUGGUGUCACACUUUUGCCCAAGCCCCAGCUGACACACCUGACUCCAAUAAUCGACUAAUCAUGAUCUUCAGAUAAAAAUGCAAUUAGUUUAAAUCAGGUGUGUUUGCUAGGGAUGGGGAGAAGUGUGACACCAAUCAGGCCCCAGAAGACUGGAAUUACCCAGGCCUGUAACUAGACCUGCAUGGCCAGGGCUGUAACUAGACCUGCAUGGCCAGGCCUGUAACUAGACCAUGCAUGGGUUUAUUGCCAAAUAUUCUCCCUCUGUUGUGCUAGGCCAUGCAGUGAAACCAGAUGGCGCUGUGUAUCCAUAAACAACAUGCAACACCACGCUAUAUAAAUCACUGCAGCAAUAUGCUUUCAUUCACGACACCAUCACCACCACACCACCUUAUGUGCACAAUCAUUGGAAUGUGAAGCACAGAUUAAUUGAAUGAGGAUAUUCAUGAAAAGAACACAAAUUAAAUUGUUGUGUUCUGAGUAAAACCUCUCCAAGGAGUGAUUAUUGCAUAGACAAACCUUGUUUCUGUGGUGGUGGUGAUGAUGAUGACGAUGAUGAUCCAAUUUUAUUUGUCACACUCGCUGAAUACAACAGGUGUCGAGUUAACUGUGAAAUGCUUACUUUAAGAGCCCUUUCCCAACAAUGCCAAGUUAAAAAGUAUGAAAAGAUGAGCAAAAUAAUAUAGAUAUAUACAGUACCAGUCUCUAGUUUGGACACACCUACUCAUUCAAUGUUUUUCUUUAUUUUUACUAUUUGGUGCAGCGGUCUAAGGCACUGCAUCUCAGUGUUAGAGGCAUCACUACAGACACCCUGGUUCGAAUCCAGGCUGUAUCACAACUGGCCGUGAUUGGGAGUCCCAUAGGACGGCCCACAAUUGGCCCAGUGCCGUCCGGGUUUGGCCGGUGUAGGCCGUCAUUGUAAAUAAGAAUUUGUUAUUAACUGACUUGCCUAGUUAAAUAAAAGUUAAAUAUAUAUA